CCUCACUUCCCUCCUCUCCUCCGCCCCCGCUUGUCCCGUUAAAUUCCUCCAGUCAGGCAUCAAGUUCCCCGGGGAAAGGGCGGAGAUUUGGCCUUAAACUAUGUAAUACAAGUACCGAACUGUAAGCAGAGGAGAUCGGACAAACCGAAGUGGUUUUACGGAAACCUCAGACAAGACUGACUCUGUGGCUCUAAUUAACGCAGCGCUGAGUGGGAGCUGAUGGGCAGGCUGAAAUGAGCCGUGACCGGGAAUCCGGUGAUGUCGGGAUGAAGCAGGCGUGCCCGGGAGUAUAUUAGGGGCUGGGCUGCUCUGCUGCUACCACAAGUGAGCUCGUCUUCAAGUUGAGGUUCAAUGGCAGGGAGGUCGACCAGAAGCAUAAACGGUUCGAAUGGGAGCAGAACCGCGCCGGCCAGGGCCGCUGCUCUAGCCGAUCUGCUGCACUAUGAGUGCUCCACCUUACUGGAACUCUUUAGAAAGAAGGAGAACUUCACCGAGGACGUGACUGACCGUCGUCUGGUGUCUGUCCCUCCUCCUUCUUCCCAGCUGGAUACCAGAGACAAACUCUGGCGCAUCCACUCGGCGUUGCUACAAUGCCAGAAGUUGCUAGAGAAAGCUGUUGCCAAAGAGGAGGAGGAGCUGGGUGGUGGGAAGAAGGGCGAGUAUGAGAACAAGAGGAAGCUGGUGAAAGAAAGGUUGCCGCUGCUCUUACUUAGCACUGGAGAACUCCUCAAAGCUGCUGAAGGCACGACUUCCCUGACUCCUAGUGUGGAGGGCUUGGAGCUAAAUGUCCCAACCGGUCUGCUUGACCUGAAGCUUUGGGUGUACCGGGUCUACAAAGAGGUCAACUACUGGAGCAAGACGGCUGCCAACACCUUGAAAGACCUGCCCUCGGUCAUCGUGAAGGAAGGAGCAAGGACCACGCGGGCCAGGAACAGGAGAAGCACUCGGAGAUGAGAUGGAGAUGUGGGAAGCGUCGAUGAGGAAGGAAAAAGAUUAGGGAGAUAAAUGGUGGAGAUUGGCGAAGGGGUGAAGGUGAUGAGAAGGUAGUUGCAGAGCAAGGGGUCCAGUCAACGUCAGGAACAAAGUAAAAGACGGGGAACAGAAAUAGAAACAGCCAGCUGCAAGAGACAGAUUACUACUGACACAGGGAGAUGAGAAAACUGGGUUACUGUUGAUGAACCAAGGCUGCAGAUAUAUAUAUAUAGAGAGAGAGAGAGAGAGGAAAACACCAUGCUGUGACUUUUUUGGCAGAGUGUAGUACGUCUCUAUUCUUUCUUUCUUUCUUUCUUUCUUUCUUUCUGAGUUUAGGCUUACAUGUGCCACUCUGAUACAGCUGAAACGAUUUCCUUUGGAUGCUCUGCAGCACAUGAAACAUGUGAUCAGCAAUGGGCACAUUUAAUUUAUAUUAGCUGUAAACACUGGGGAUCAUUUCUUGGAGCUCUUGAGUGCAUGAAAGAAAAAAUAUGCUAGCAGCACCCUCUAGUGUUUAUAUAGUGCAACUGCUUGGAGUCCUCCUUUUCUUUCUUAAUUUCCUCUGUAACGUUAAGUAUCUCAAUUUAAUAUUAUGUUUGUGUUGUUGGUUUUUUUGAGCACUUUGUUAGCAAUGAAAUAAAUCAGUCUAACCUUGUGAAUGAUUCGGGCUCUAAAGCAGGAGUAUAGCAUAAAUAUUCUAUACUCCUAAAAAAGCCAAAAGUUUGCAAACUCGCGUUAUAAAAAGAAACAAGGCUCUUUUUGACUGCGUCUGCAGUCACAUACACAGUAACUGGUUAAAUUGAUCACGUAUCAGAUAGUAUCAGAGUCAGAAGCGAUGCCCAAAUCCUACCUUACCUGUCUGCCUAACCUGGAAGAGGCUGCUAAUUAAAUUAGCCGAAGACUCAGAUUGUCUUUAAAGAUGUAUGAAGGCUCGGGGUAAGAAACAGAGAAGAUAAAGUAAAUGGGAUCCUUUAUAGGGAAGUCUUGCCUAGAUAGGCACUUAUCCAUAAUGAUGUGGAGGAUAAAUUAGCCAGAAAGGCUGAUGGAAGAGUUUUAGCAGGUAUUUUACAAAAGCACCCUUUUUAUUCUAACGACAAGGGCACCAUUUAUAUUUCAACUUUUUAUAAAGGUUUUCUUCGCUUGGCUCUGUGCUUGCUGUGUUUAGCAUCUGUGGGCUGGUUAACUGACGGCAGGUGCACUGGGAGUAAACAAGACCGUGUGAUGUUCGGGGCACCUCGACUGUUCACGGGCUUUUUUUCCAACUACAUUUUUGUACCGGACGGAAACCUAAAUGCUUUUGGUUGUUUGAAGUCUGAUUAAUUUCGGAGAUGAAAUGUUGCCCCUGAGAAAAUGAGACUUACUCAACCUAUUGGCUUCAUCUGUUACUCGCACACCAAACAGCACAAAAUCAUUCUGAUUAUCUGCUUUGGAGUUUCAGCAGUGUUUUAAUGUGAUUCACUGUUAAUGAAAUAUGGCUGCUGUGUACACUGUAUGGGUUGGAGAUGUAGUUUGUUUCCUCUUGCUCAUUACUCUGUCAUUACGGCUGCUGGAGCUCACAAGGCUGACUUUUCUUUUCAUUUAUUCUCUGUCUUCCGUUCUCAGUUCUUUAAAUUUUAGAGGUUUGGUUUGAAGUAGACCAAGAGCCAUUAGAGGUUAGAAGAGGUGCGUCAAAUUUGGCCAAAAACUAAAGGACAGGAUGUAAUUUAAAAUUAAGAGUCAAGUUUAAAUAACGCAGUCCUUGCAAACAAGUUCUUUAUAAUCCAGUAUAAGAAACUGAGUAAUUGCAAAAGCUGCCUGCUGGCUUUUUACAGUGAAAGAAGGCUCUAGUUAAGGUUGGUAGCAAUGACUGCGUGCCCUCUGCCUUGAUAGCUGAAAGGGAAACAGUCAGUUUAGGCAGCACAUUUUAGAAAGUAUUACACUGACUUCAAGAUUCAAUGGCUUCAUAUUUAAAACUUUUAUUCUGUCUGUGCCGUUCCUAAUAAUCUGUCUGAUAUGGACUGACAUACCGCUACAUUUAGUCUUUCCUUUGCUAACAUUUUCAUGGAAAGCACCGUCGUUACAUUCCUCGCACACCAAUUGUUUUGUUUUUGUGUAUUCUUAAGAUUGACUGAUUUUUGGUUUUACACUUUUAUUAGUAUUUGAUCUUUACAAAUACAGUUUGUCACACCACAAAGCGCUGUCUUUCGUUUUUUUAACCUCUGGGGGAGACCAACUGAGCUACAGACAAAUGGGUUAAAACACAAAGGGAGGAUCGGGUUACCAUCACGGCUUCAUACACAGCAAACAUACUGUAGCAAUAGUGCAUGCUGUAAAGAUUGUAGUAAUAAAGAAUGUAUGAUUAAUUCCAGAAAGUUGACUCUGUUCAGUUGCAUAAUGGUCAAAACAAGCACCGCUGUUUGAGCGGGGAGUCAAGGAGGCCAUUUCUAUAAAAAGGGGGAUUUAACCAUCCUGCAGGGAGCCAUUCCCCGACUCUCCGUGAAGGGUUCACAUGGACGCUGAUCAGUGGUCAUGAGAGUCUGUGUAUGUGUCAUGUAGUGGGACAGCUUUUGAUCAUUAAUGCAGCUGUACUGUUUAUGUGGUUGGAAGAAGUCACCUGGAUGAGUGAUGAAACGUUUUUCACACUGAACAACUUCCUGGGAUUUCGUUAGCUGGAUUAAUGCGCAUGCAUUUAAACAAUGUAUGAGUAACUUCCUUUAUCUCUGAUGGUCUAUGAAGUGAAUUGAUGUACUCGUCACUUUCUUUAACUUUAUUGACAUUUACAUUUCUGAUCAGCCAGCAGCAGCUGGGAAACAAGUUAGUUUAAACACACUGCUUUAACACUGUAAACAGAAAGUGACAUAUUAGAACGGUCUUCUGCAAUGAAAACAUUC